AUGAUUCUUUGCGCGUUACAGCGAUUUCGACCAGUGCAAGCUCGAGUUGUCUACGAUCAGGCUGCUGGGGAAUCUCGUGGGUUCGCGUAUGUGGACUUUGGUUCGGUGGAGGAUGCCACGGACGUUAUACGUGCUUUUGAAUUGAAGCCGCUGGUGCUAGAGGAUCGUGAAGUGGACGUCAAGUACUCGGACGAAUUUCGACGGGCCGUCGACUCUGGUCGGCCGAGAGACUCAACUACGGACUAUCGACUCAAGAAAACAUACUCUGGAAGUCAGGACCAAGAAGAACGCCGGCAACCGCGGCCAGACUGGAUAUGUGACGAGUGCAAUGUUACCAAUUGGGCUCGACGGACGAGCUGUGUUCAGUGCACAGCACCAAAGACAGCUCAUGCGAAAGAAGUUCUGGCAAUGACAGCAUCUCGAGCUGAUCACACGCGUGGUUAUAACGAUUCGUACGAAGGAGAGUCAAGAAGCAGCAGGUCAUCGCUCGGUACUUCGUCAAGAGAUGGUGAGAUGACUUUUCGAAGACGGGAGGAUCGUAGCAACAGUACUCGGAGUGUUCCUCCAUCUCAAGUGCUCGUAGUGCGCAUGCUUCCACCUGACAUUGAGGAAGGCGAGCUUCACGCGGCAUUCGCAGAUUUCGAUGGUGUACAGGAUAUCCGUCUUAUUCGAGACCGAGUAACGAAAGUUUCGCGAGGGUUCGGCUUUAUUGAGUUCCGCGACAUUGAAGCAGCGACAAAUGCCUUGAAAAAAUCCGAAGGCUUUAUUGUACACAACACUCGCGUAGAGAUAUCGUACGCGCGCGAUACUCUCCCUAACAGAUCGCGCUACUCGCCUUACGUACCUAAAGAAUCGCGCGCUGGUAGCUCCUUGGCAGUCACAGCAUUAGAGCAGGCUCAGUGGUCACUGUCACAAGGACGCGGAGUUGACGGGGCUCGAAAUGAUCAGCCGAGUAGCGUUGCGGCCGAUGUCAGUGCAUUGCUGGAUAGUGCUGCAGCUCAAGUCGUUCCUCGGUUUGAAGAACCGAAGAAACUGUGGCCAGCACCGUUCGAGACAGCAGGCGGCAGCUAUGUGUAUGUAAGCGAGUAUGGUUUGUACUGGGAUCCGGACAGCUUGUUCUACUAUGAUCCGCCUACCAGUUUAUACUACAACUCGUUCACUGGCGUGUACUACCGGUGUGUGAGCCCUGCGGGUAGUCGGGCAGCAGCAUUUCAGGUGUUUGUGCCUCCUGUGCCUGUUAACGACGAUGCAUACCAGGAAGAAUGCACAGCUGCAACAGCAGCUAGCAAGCCUGUGAUGAGCAUCUCGCUGAAAAAGGACAAGAAGAAGACUUCAGGUAUUUCGUUCAGUCUCAAAACUGCUGCCUUUGGCGCGACGUUAGCUUCGAGCAAGCUUAGCUCGACGAAGAGCAGUGCUGCCGCGUCUACUGUCACUGCUGUCAAUGUCGCUAGUGGGAUGAAGCGCAAGAGUGCAGGCGACAUCGCGAAGUGGUCACAGCGACAGCAGGAAGCAAAGAAACAGAAGAGCGAAGAUGUCGAUAUCACACCUAUUCAGCAGCAGCAGCAACGUACUGAACCAUCAGCACUCUCGAUUGCCGAUCAUGGCGAGGCCACAACGUUCGCUGAUUCCUCGCAGCAAAGAGCAACAGUCAGUGCUGUCAAUCAUGCUGUUGAUUCCGUAAUUGAUGCGCUGACCAACGUCCCACAAGAAGCACCUAUUUGCCUGCUCUGUCGGCGAAAGUUUGGAUCGCUAGAGAUUCUACGCAAGCACGAAACGCUGUCCAAGUUGCACUUGGCCAACUUGGCUAAGGCGAGAGAGAACAAGCAACACAUUGCUGCACAACAGCGUGAACAUGAAAUGCAAGUCGAGCAGCUUGCCAAGAAACAGCGACAGGACAGCCAUGCGCCAUCUACUGCACCGUGUGGAAUCGAUCGUCGGAGCGCUUCAACCCCAGGCAGCAAAUCAGCAAAUCCUGAGCCUACCCUAGAGUCUGGCAUCGGUGGUAAGAUGCUAAAGAUGAUGGGAUGGAAAAGCGGCGAGGGUCUCGGGAAGCACAACACAGGCAUCACUGCUCCAAUUGAAGCUGCUAGCGGUCGAACUGAUCUGGCAGGACUUGGAUGCAAGGCACCACUUUCAGCCUCAGUGGACCUCUCGGAUGUCACCACUGACAGAGAACGCCGCCAACGUCUGGCUCGUGCUCGGUACGAUGCCGACAGUGCAUGA